AGGACCUCAGAAAGACCCUGGCAGACAUCAUGGCUCUGCAGGACCAGAAAGGAGGUGAGAGUGGGGAGGAGACACAACUGAUGUGAGGCCUUUUCCAGGAAAGUUUGGGGAAGACAACAAGGACCUGUGUCUUUACACUGGAUUUGGCUGUGGGCGGGGGUGAACAAUGGGGCUUGUGGAGUUCAGCACGGAGGUGGCCAUUACUCAGCCAGCACAGGAAGACAUGGAGGAGAGAAAGGAGGGGCCCACUAGCUUCAGUUUCUCACUUGAGCAGGGAAGGCAGAGGGACAUAGGGAAUGGAGAAGUCACUGCUGGGUGGGGGGCAGGCUUGCAUUCCCUCCAGGAGAUUCGGGGCUGCGAGAUCCAAGAAGACCACAGCACCAGGGGCUUGAGACAUUUCUACUAUGAUGGGGAGCUCUUCCUCUCCUAUAACCCCAAGACCCGAUGGCUAGUGCCCCAGUCCUCUGCUCAGACCCUGGCUAUGGAGACCAAGAAGUCCUGGGACGCAGAUGGCUUUCAAAGCAAGGAUUACUGGGCCCAUGUGCAGGGAGAGCUUUGUGAAAGACUGUGGAGAUAUCUGGAAUCCUGGAUGGGCUUCACGGAGAGAAUAGUGCCCCCAGCAGUGAAUGUGACCUGCAACCAGGCCGCGGAGGGCGUGGUCACCCUGAUAUGCUGGGCUUUUGGCUUCUCUCCCGGGAACAUCACAUUGACCUGGCUUCAGAAUGAAGAACCCCUGAGACACAGCACCCAGCAGUCUGGGGGUGUCCUGCCUGAUGGGAAUGGGACCUACCAGACCUGGGUGGCCAUAAGGAUUCUCCAAGGAGAGGAGCAGAGGUUCACGUGCUACGUGGAACACAGUGGGAACCACAGCACAUACCCUGUUCCACUCGGAAAGGCCCUGGUGCAUCAGAGUGGAUGGCCAGCCAUUCUAGGUGUUGUUGGUGUUAUUAGUUCCAUUACUCUGUUUGCCCUUUGGUACAAGAAGAAUAAGAAGACAACAUCGGCUGCAGAGAGCCCAGAGCUUCUUAGCCUACAAGACCUGGAUCACCGCCAGAUGCCACCAACAGACCUGAAUGGCACCAGCCAGCUGGGAUUUCAGUCUCUGUUGUCAGCCCCUGAGUCCAUUGAUUCAACUGAGGGAGCAUAGAGUCUGCAGCCAGGAGGCCUGAAUUCAGCUCCCUGCUCUGGUCUUACUAGCACUUUCCCUCUUGGUGCCUCAGUUUGCUCAUCUAUGAAAUGCGGGAAAUAACAGUAUUUAUUUCCAGUUGUGGUUGCAGGAUCAAAAGUGUUAAUAUAUUUAAGGUCCUUGCAGCUCAUCACAUUGUUUGUCAAUAUUUUUGUUAAUUUAUGUUUUACUAUAUUACCUGCAUAGUAAUUAUAUUGUGGUCAGCGAGCAUUAUGUGUAAGCUCUUUUGUUAUGGUUCCUGCUGAGGAAUCUUAUACCAGCUUUCCUGGCACCUGGAGGUCCCCUUCACUCCUCAUCACACUCGUAUAUGCCUUACUUCAUAGCUACCACAUCUGUACAAUUUCCUAUUGUAAGUGUUUAAAUGCUCUUUCAACAUACAUAUCUGGUCCGUGUUUUACUUCACGUGCCUGGGAAGGGACAGAGUGUGAGGUUCUGGGGAGUGGGGGAGGUAUAUCUCGAUGCCUUGACACAGCACUAAAACAUCUCCACCUUCCUCUCCCCCAAGCUCCCAGUGAGUGACAGGUUCACAGUAAAGUUUAAAGGGCUGGGAGAAGAUGGGAUGGGACAUCUGGGGCCAAUGUUCAGGGGUCACCUUCUAGGGAGAAAAUCUGCCUGAACAGUUGACACCCUCAUGAUGAAGCAGAGCUGAAGCGUGAUGUCAGGGGAGGGGGACGGGGACAGUGCUUUGGGGUUUCCUGAUUAUGAAGAUUAGGGGUCAGUCUACUUCUGGGGUAAAGUGACUGCUGGCAUACUUGGACUGGGUUGAUGAGUCAAACGAACACAGAAUGUGGAUGAAUAAAUCAAGCAUCAGCAUCUCCCUCCAUCAGUUCAGGCUGAUUUGUGCAAGGCGGGUGGGGAGGUGAGAUAUUCCCCACCUGAUGCUCUGCCCUCCUGACUGCUGGUCUUGGGGCACACAGAUGGGUGGUGUCUCAUAGAAAAAAGAGAUCAGAAUUGUGGUUUCCAGAGGCGGGAGGUGGGGAGUAGGGGAAUUGGAUGAAGGUGGUCAAAAGGCACAAACUUCCAGUUAUAAGAGACUCGGCACUGGGGAUGUAACGCACAACACGAUGACUGUAGUUAACACUGCUGGAGGGCAUGUUUACAAGUUGCUGAGAGAGUAGAUCCUAAGAGUUCUCGUCACCAGGAAAAGAACAUUUUUGUCUUUUGUUUGGCUCUAGAUGAGAUGAUGAAUGUUAACUAAACUUAUUGUGGCAAUUAUUUCACUAUAUACGUAAGGCAAGUCAUUGUGCUGUACACCUUAAACUGACAUAGUGCUAUAG